AAGACCCAGGGGCUGCACCACAUUCCCAGCUUCACAGACAAGGAGGAGGAGCGGACAUGGGCCAAGCAGCACAUGGCCGCAGCCUUCCGGACACUUGCCCGCCUGGGCUGGGCAGAUGGCGCCUCCGGCCACAUCAGCCUCCGGGACCCGGUAAACCCAGAGUGGUUCUGGAUCAACCCCUACGCCAAACACUUUGCGCUCAUGAAGGCCAGCGACCUCGUCCUGGUUGACCACAACGGCCGCCCUGUGCUGCCGACGCCGCACAAGGUCAACGCCGCCGGCUUCAUUAUCCACUCAUCCAUCCACCUUGCCCGGCCUGACAUUAACGCCGCCUGCCAUAUGCACUCGCCUGCCGGUCGAGCGUGGUCGUCAUUUGGCAAGGGCAUUGAGAUGCUAAAUCAAGACUCGUGUAUGUUUUACGAGAACUUGGCUGUCUACGAGGGCUUCGGCGGUAUUGUGCUGGCGGAGGAGGAGGGACUGCGCCUUGCCUCUGCGCUGGGGCAGGACAAGCUCAACCUCAUUCUUCAAAAUCAUGGACUCCUGACGUGUGGAUCGACUGUCGACGAGGCCGUCGCAUACUUCAUCGCACUGGAACGUGCCUGCGCCAACCAGAUCCUGGCCGAGUCAGCGGCGGCAAACGGCGUGCAAAAAAAGUACGUCGGGGACGAGGAGGCUGCGUAUACAUGCAAGUGCACGGCAACGCCUGGAUGCGCUUACAUGCAGUUCCAGCCCGAGUUCGACCUGACUGUAGAGCUAUCCGGUGGCAAGGUUUUGGAAUAGGAUAUACGCCCCAAGUCCAGCUCGAGGCAACCGCGGUUAGGUGGCUUGGGCCAGGAAAGAGCUGAGAAUAUGGCGUAUCU